AUGCAGCUUUCUAAAGGUGAUUGGUCUUCUUCUUGGGGAAGAGGCCUACGAGCAGCGGAAAUGGGUUCUUCUUCUUCGUCUUCGUCUUCGUCUUCGUCUUCGUCUUCGUCUUCGUCAUCGUCAUCGUCAUCGUCUUCUUCUUCUUUUCCUUCGUCGUCGGGGAAUCGUCGGGGGAAAACUGGCUCUGCAGGGCUUCCAAUGGCUGCGGUGCCAUCACCUGA